CUCAACCGACUUCACAAUUGUCACCCAUCUCUUGAAACUUUAGCUAUAGCAAAGCUCAUAUCUCUAAAACUAUCCAAGAAACUAUUUUAGGUGAGAAAUGGCUUCAAGAACUAUAGCCUCCACUGCCCUUCUCCUCUCCCUAAAUCUUCUUUUUUUUACUUUGGUGAGCUCUACCAAUUGCCCACCAACACCAUCAUCACCAUCACCAAAGCCAAAAGGGAAUAAAGGUUCUUGCCCUAAGGAUACUGUAAAGCUAGGUGUAUGUGUUGAUCUAUUGAAAGAUUUGCUGAGUGUUACAGUUGGAACCCCACCAAAGACACCUUGUUGCAGCCUUAUCAGUGAUCUUGUUGAUCUUGAAGCCGCUGUUUGCCUUUGCACUACUAUUAAAGCUAAUGUGUUGGGACUUAAACUAAACCUUCCUGUUAACUUGAGCUUGUUGCUUAACUAUUGUGGCAAGAAGGUUCCAGAAGGAUUUAAGUGUGCGUAAAUAUGCACAUUUGUGAUUUUGUUUUCUUUUUUUUGUGUUGUGUUUUCAGGUUUUGGAUGUUUUAUUUGGUUAUCUGCUAUAUAAACAUUUUAUUCAAUAAUUUCUUAAUUGCAACUUUUUUUAAAAAAAAUUUUAUGUGAUGAAAGCUUCUUGAUUGCUUUCAUCCAUAUCUGUCUUUGUAUGUUGUACUGGAUUCUAGUGAAAAUUAAUUCAACAUUUAUUUAUUUAUUUAUUUUUUUUUUGAGCAAUGUUGAAUUAU